UGAUCAGGACUGAAUGGCAGAGUCACCCCGUGAGAACCGGCUACAUCCGGGUACCGGAAGAAACGGGUUCAUCGUCAACGGCGAGGAUGACGUCAUUAACGUGAAGGAGAGCAGCACACAGACGGAGGGCAAAGUGCAAGGUCAUGGACCAAGACUGUCCAAAGUUAACCUCUUCACAUUACUGAGUCUUUGGAUGGAGCUUUUCCCGAGGAAGGAAUCUCAGAGACGAGACAAUGCAUCUGUGCAAGUCACCGGGUUGGUGGUGGUCCAUGAGCAAAGAAUUCAGGGUCUUCAUUGCUCUGGAGCAGAGCUUCAUGCCGGUCAGGUGGCUGUAAUCAGACAUGGGCCCAGACUAAAGGGGUGUGAACUUUAUUUCUCCAGAAAGCCUUGUUCUGUCUGCCUCAAGAUGAUUAUCAAUGCCGGAGUGAACAGGAUCUCUUACUGGCCGGCUGAUGCUGAGAUCAGUCUGCUGUCUGACAGAAGCAGUGCAGUAGUUUCUCGUCUCCAGGAAGCUAUGCUGGAUGCAGCCGCCACCGAAAAGCUCAAAUCCAGCAGCAGGCCACACAUUGGUGUGCUGCUCCAACCUCUACCCAACUCCAUGCUUCAGUUUGUAGAGGAGACAUCCCGCAACAGUGACUUUCUGGGCAGAAUGGCAGCUGAUGAUCCCAAUUUGGAUGUCCACGAACUCUUUAACAAAGAGCGCUGGAGGAACUGGGAAAGUUUUUCUAAAAGGUUUGUGAUUGAGAAUGUGGAGGUGCACAGGGAGCUGCUCAGUAAAAUGAAACUAGAAAACUUUUGCACAGAACCAUAUUUCAGUGAGCUGCGGCAGCACAUGAGGGAUCUGAUCCGGAUUAUGGCUUCUGUGGCUGCUAGUGUUCCCGUACCUGAGCAUGAAUACGGGUUCUAUGAGACAGAACAAACAACAAGUGGAUAUGGGACAUUAUCUCAGGAUGUUGUGCGACACUGCAUCAUCCAGGCAGCAGUGCUGGCGUACAGAACAGAAGAUCCUAAAGUGGGAGUAGGUACAGUGAUUUGGGCAGAAGGCAAACUGCCUCAUUGCGAUGGCACUGGGAACAUGUACCUGGUGGGAUGUGGUUAUAACGCCUAUCCUGUGGGAUCUGAGUACGCCGAGUUUCCUCAGAUGGACGACAAGCAGGAAGAGAGACAGCGACGUAAAUACCGCUACAUCAUCCACGCUGAGCAGAACGCGCUCACGUUCAGGAGUGCAGAUGUGAAGGAGGAAGAGAACACAAUGCUCUUUGUCACUAAAUGCCCGUGUGAUGAAUGUGUGCCUCUGAUCCAAGGCGCCGGCAUCAAACAAAUCUACACUACGGACCUGGACAGUGGGAAAGACAAACACGACAUCUCUUACAUCAACUUCAACCGGCUCCGCGGCACCCGCAGGUUCAUCUGGCAGAAGUCGGGUGUGGUCAGAAGUGCUUCUGAACAAACUGGUCCGGCUUUAUCAAAUGGCUGCAUGAAGAACAGAAGAGAGGAAGCUGCGGACUGUCAGUACAAUAAGAGGCUGAAAAAGUGAGGAAUCACUAAGACUGAGGGAUGAAACUGAAGCUCAGGGUUUUUUAACUUUAAUCCUGGCUUACAGUUUAAGGUUUUUCUUACUACAACACGUGUCAUCCUUCUGACUGAACAAUUAUUAAGACGUUAUUGAGGUGGACUGGAGUGAUGAGAGAAGUGAAACUAUAACAUUAAAAUGGCAGUUACGUAUUAACAACACAUCAUAUGAAAAACAUUUUUAGAUACUUAACAUAAUAUUUCCAUUUGCUUGUUGAGUGGAUUUAUUUUUCUAGAUUUAAUUAUGCACUAAGAAAAAAGAUCCAUUUUGUACAUGAAGCCCCAAAAGCAUGCACUUGCUCAUGAAUCAUUUCAUUUGCACAGCAGUCAGAUUUGAACAAUUAUUAGUAUUGUUUUAAUUUCAUUUUUAAAUAGAACUUUUGAUUGUGAUGUCAUUUAUUAACCGUGUGUGUGUUUCUCUUGUUUGUAAAAGGUAAAUAGAACAGAUAUUACCAUCAUUUUUCUGUUACUUCUGAUUGCUUAAGAAACUUGAAAUCCAAUAAACAGAGUAUUUGGCUUUG